AGAGGAGGCCUGACCUUGGAAGCGGAACGGGGUCCUGCGGCGGGUCCUUCCGGGGGGUGACAUUCAGCCUGCCGUUCGGGCCGACGGGCUUUCUGUCCUGGAACCAUGGCCCAGUUUGUCCGCAACCUCGCGGAGAAGGCCCCGGCGCUGGUGAACGCUGCUGUGACUUACUCGAAGCCUCGACUGGCCACAUUUUGGCACUAUGCCAAAGUUGAGCUGGUUCCUCCAACCCCUGCUGAGAUCCCUACAGCUAUUCAGAGCUUGAAAAAAAUAGUCAAUAGUGCUCAAACUGGUAGCUUCAAACAGCUCUCAGUUAAGGAAGCUCUGCUGAAUGGUUUGGUGGCCACUGAGGUGUGGAUGUGGUUUUAUGUUGGCGAGAUCAUAGGCAAGCGUGGCAUCAUUGGCUAUAAUGUUUGAAGACCAAUCUUUAACGUCUGUUUAUAUUUGGUUUAUUAUUUGAGUGUUCUUGGACCAUGCGUGAUGCGACUUGUAUUUGAAUAAAAUAAAGAUAACGUGUGAAAA